AUUUAUUAAAUACCGAUUUGUACAAUUUUUUAAGUUCGAAUACCAAAGCUGUAAUUAACAAAUUAAAAAAAAAAAGAAAAAAAAAAAAAUAUCGACACCAAAAUCAUUCCUCGUAUCUUCUAAGCCUGCCCGUUUAUCGACGGAGACUUUAAACAGAAGUUGAGAUCUCUUCACAGUUUCACACUUCCAUUUCUUCCUCUUCACCACAGAUCUUUCUCCAUCGCAUUCGCAGCUCAAUACAAAUAAAUUUCGAUUAGUCAGCUAAAACAAUGGCGGCCGUCGCCGUUCACCAUUUCGAUCAGUGCAUUACUUGCCAUGCUUGUGUCCCGAUAACUCCAGUAACUUCUUUCUUUUUCCCCGAAAUUCGCUCAUGCUUUGUUUGGUUGCUGUGAAAUUGUAGCAAACAAAAGAAAAUAAGUUUUUUUUUUUUUGAAUUUAAUGUUGUUGUCAUGUAUUAUUGUCUUAGAAAUGUAAAAUUUUAAAGGAAAACGAAAGUAAUGAUUCAAUUUAUUGAUUCUUUACAUUUUAGUUUCUUAUUCUAAAUUGAUCCAGUUAUUAUGAAUAUGCUAUUUUUUUGCUUUUAUAUUUGAAGCUUAUAUUAUUGUAUCUUCUAAAACUACAGGUAUGGUCCUUCUUAUUUUAAAUUGCAUGAAAUGUUUUUUUCUGAGAAUUUUUUUUCUAAAUAUGUAACUUGCUUUUUCUUGCUUGUAGUGGUACCAUUUUUCUUAAUAAUAAUGAGGUUCAUAUUUAUAAAUUGUUGGAAGACAAGUGGGAGAAAGUUCAUGUUCUUCAGAAGGUACUUCAUUGAAAAAUUUUCCCCCCUUUUCUUUCCCUGUACGAAGCCAGUUCGAUAUAAGUUGGUCCAAUAUGUAUGCAGUGUAUCCUAAACUUAUCUCGAAUAGCUAUUGAUUUUUUCAGUUUGGAAUCAUUUUACCUGCUACUUUUUGGAUACUCAAUUUGCACAUUGAAUAUGACUUGAACUUAGGGUGAAGCUUCUUUUGUAAUGAAGAAUAAAAAUGUGAUUCUAAGAGGAAAAUAUAAGAUGACUGCUUUGAGGAAGGAUGCAGUACAGAUUGCAUGACAACAUGUUGGAUUCAUGUUUAAGUACGGCAGAAGCAUGGAGGACUGUUGCAGAUAUGUGUUUCAACCUAUGCAUGAUCAAAUUGUUUCUGGGAUAGAUUGGAGUGGGAGGUCAAACAGACAUGUUACUGUAUCUCAUGACCGGAAUUCAUAUAUUUGGAACGAAGAAGGACCAGAAUGGGUACCGACACUUGUCAUUCUUAGGCUCAAUCAUGCUGCACUUUGUGUUCAGUGGAGCCCCAAAGAUUCUACUUGCAACAACAUCCACAAAUGGAAAAUGCAGAGUAUUUUCGACAUUUAUCAAAGGUGUUGAUACAAGGGAAUCAAAGGCGGGCUCUUCUUCGGAUUCAAAGUUUGGAGAGGUCCUAUUUGUUUCUGAGAAAAUGGUCAUAGGUGUGGGAUUUGACUGCAAUCCAAUGGUCUUUGCAGCAGAUGAAUCAGGAAUAUGGAGCUUUAUCAGAUUCCUUGGUGAAAGGAAAGCAUCUUCUUCAGGUUUAAAAUAUGGUUCUCAAUUGUACUGUACCUCUAAGGAAAGAAGGGUCCCGAACAAAGCGGUUCAGCACCUAAGGAUUGGACGGGAAAGUGGUGAUUUGGGAUUUGGAAAAGCAAGAAGAUCUUUGUGAUUGGUGAAGCCUCGGUACAGAAACAGAAGGAUAAAGUAAUACCGAUGUAUCUGAUUGAUGGGAUCUGAUUCUGAAAUCUCGGGAGAAACUAUUUACCAUAUUAUAUUUGAUUUAGUUGAGAAUUCUGUAUACAUCCGUACAUGUAACAUAUGUGCUUUUCUUCCAAUUUUUGUUUCUGUAUUGUAGUAUUUCUACCAUAUUUUUAGUUGAAGAUUUUCUUCUUUUUUUUUACUUCUAAUGAUGCAAAUUAUUUCUAGCUUUUGGGUUUUAUCAAGUUAUUGUUCGAUCACUUCUCUGUCAAAUGAACCCAAAUUUUCAUUUUUAAAAGAAGUAUAUCUCUAGU